AUGGCUCUCUUCUUCGUCGCCGCGGUAAGCAUAUUGCUUGGUCUGCUUAAGGGUGUUGCUAGUCAGACAUUUCAAAAUCAAGUCAAUUACAGUAUAUGCGCUUGGUACCACUUUCGAGCAAAUCUCAUUCGCGAUAAAAUUUACCUCGAUGGUGGGGUGUCUUGGGGACGCCGAGGGUUUACCGAUGGAACUUAUGGGGCUCCUGAUGCCGCCCCCGAUCCCCGGGGCCAAACCUUCCUCCUGAACCUUGCUGCCCCUUUUGACACAGCCAAUACCAACUUAACGGGAUUGUUUGACCGCUUGCCGACUACGAAUAAUUUUGCUCCCCCUGUUAUUCAUGGGACUAUGCUUGCAAAUGAUAACAAAUUCUACUUAUACGGAGGUCUCCCUAAGUUGAGCGACUUCUUAAGCACUCCUGAUAAGGGCCGAAUCCUUUCAUAUGAGCGUGAUCAAUAUGGCCCUCCUGCCACAUCGUGGACUCCCGGUUUUCUAUUUGAAGACCUCAAAAACAUAACGCCGUUUGUCUCUAAUGGCGCGGGCAUCUCAGUGCCAAGCGAGAAUAAAGCCUUUUACUUUAGCGGUAUUCGAGGGACAAAUUGGGGAGAAAUUGGUACAACUGGCCCGCCUCCAAAUGUCACGGCAAACUCUCUCAUCACCGUGGAUAUGUCAAUAAUGAGAGCCCCUAUAUGGGAUAAUUCUACUUUAUUCGAUAGUAUCCCCGGUAGGGUAAAUGCAGAAUUGGUUUGGAUUCCUGUCUCUGUCUCGGGGUUACUCAUAGCCGUUGGAGGAGUAAUCUAUCCGGUAGAUGUUCUACAUGGAUUGACAGAAAGUCAGCAACAAGAAAAUAACCGAACAGCACCUGGAUUCAUGCGCAGUGUCCCUGUUUAUGAUAUUGAUACUCGAAAAUGGUAUAUGCAGGAUACAACAGGAGAUCAUCCACCGCAGUUAUCUCAAUUUUGCUCUAUAGUGGCUGCAGCACAGGAUGGUAGCUCGUACAACAUUUAUAUAUAUGGAGGCUACAGCGGCAACUCCCGACUAGAUAUACCAAUCGACGAUGUUUAUAUUCUUUCAGUCCCUUCAUUCACGUGGAUACACGCCUACGAUGGGAGAAGGAAAAGAGGUCGUUACGGCCACAAGUGUAUCAAACCACAUCCCGACAAGAUGUUUGUUCUCGGAGGUCGGGAUGAUCUCUCUCCAACUUCAUGCCUAGAUCCCAUUCAGGUUUUCAACCUGAACACUUUAAAAUUCCAAAAUACGUAUCAUCCCUCGGAAUUGAGAGAGUAUGAAAUACCCGAUCUGGUAACCGCUAAAAUUGGUGGAAAUGCCAAGGGCGGCGCUUCAACUGUUGAACCCUCAUCGUGGGCUGAUGACAGUUUACGUGAUUUAUUCCGCACAAAGUAUACAAAAUCCAUAAAAACAUACUACCCCUACGCAGUACAGAACGCAUCAGGGCGAAAUCCUGCUCCCUCUCCCGAGAAUUAUGGGGAUGGUGGUAAUGGACUUCCAAAAUGGGUAGCUCCUGUUUUAGGGGUCGUUUUGGGUCUCAUAUUCGUCACGGGUCUGGCUGUUCUUUGGUUGCUUUGGCGUCGACGACGAGAUAGAACUUAUGCAACCAGCGAAGGGGCCACCAGCGAUAACAGAAAGCGGAUCAUGGGAUGGAUGUAUGGAAUUGGCUUCCCGGCUCAAAAAACGAAUAUGACAACAGCCUCUACGGAAAUUGGAAUCAAUGAUAAACAUACAUCUGCAUCUGGUAUCUCCGAAGCUGGAGACCUAUUUACAUCUUCGCAUCAACAAUCAGGCGUUGUACAUUCAGAUCCUAAUGCGCAAGAGGCUGACGGCAUCCAGGUCCAUGAAAUGCACGCUGGCCAUAUUUUUGCACCCCUUGAACUACCAACCGAAUACAACGUUGCUCCCGCCUCGUACCAUACACAAGAAGGUAGUGAUAAUCCAACCUUCACGAGCCCAGUUUCUCCUGAGUCGUCAUCGCCCCAGCCAAAUCCUACCUACUUACCCUCACAGCCUAUCCAUGGGCGGAAUCACUCCUCUCUCUCGAGUACCGGCUUCCACGUUUCCCUUAGCAACGCUCUGAUCACUGAGGAGCGAAGUUCACCAAGAAGGGGAUAUGUGUCCGGUUUUACAGAAGAUCUCCCAAGUCCCGAGUCAGAACCUUAG